AUGACAUUCCCAAAAGCUUACGAGCGUAUUCAUCCAUGGUACAGAGAACAUGCGAUUAAGCACGCAAAUGAUCCACCACCAUCGACAUUUGAAGAAGGACGUGAAAGGCAAAAGCAGCAGUAUCGAGCAGAGCGAGAGAAUGUGCCUCAAGUAGUGUGCAACACCUAUACAAUACCCGUGGAUGAGACACGAAGCAAAGGCAACAACAGCAACACUGUCCAAGUAUACGUGAUACGUCCACCUGGUACCGAGACAACCAUUCUUCCCGUGAUGGUCUUUGCGCAUGGGGGCGGAUGGAUUUAUGGUGACAAGGAGAUUUACGAGAUACCUAUUGGUGAUCUUGCAAUACGUGCACGAGCAGCCAUUGUCUUUGUUGAGUAUUCGUUGACACCUGAAGUACAAUAUCCAGUGGCAUUGGAUCAAGUUUGGGCUGCUAUUCGUUGGGUACAACAAUCAAGUGAUUUAAUCCAUGUUGAUCCCAGCACCCUGAUCGUGGCAGGUGAUUCGGCUGGUGGCAACCUUGCUGCUGCUACAUGUUUGCUUGCCAAACAACGUGGUGGUGCUGAUAGGAUGAUCCAUGGACAAGUCCUUAUUUAUCCUUUGCUUGACUUUGCACGUCCUCAUGCAUCCGAUUCAUCGAACUCAGUGGCACUGUAUGGUGAUGGUCCAGAAUUUGCUUUACCGAUUGAUGUGGUGUAUCGAUCCCAACGACUUUAUUGUGGACAACAAACGACCACGGAUAUUCUCAUCUCACCCACAUUGGCAUCCACCAAGGAUCUUGAAGGAUUACCACCAACGUUGAUUGCCACAGCAGAAUGCGAUCCUUUGCGAGAUGAAGGCGAAGCAUACGCAACCCAAUUGAUGCAAGCGGGAGUCCCUGUGGCUGCGAUCCGAGUUCUUGGAACCAUUCAUGGAUUCUUCCAGAUGAAUAAAGUUGUUCCUCACUAUUCCCAGCUUCUCGGGUCCAUCACAAGCUUUAUGCAAGAUGUUUUCAAAAACUAG